AUGGCUUCAAUCGAGCAAACUCCGCAAGGGCCGGUACUGGUUCUAAAGGAGAGUGCCCUUCAGCAGAAGGGACGUGACGCACAAAGGAACAACAUCGCCGCGGCAAAGCUUGUAGCUGACAUGGUAAGAACAAGCCUCGGACCGCGUGGGCUGGACAAGAUGCUGGUAGACUCGCUGGGGGAUGUUACAAUAACAAAUGACGGGGCCACGAUUCUAAAAGAGAUCGAUGUUCAGCACCCCGCUGCAAAGAUGAUGGUCGAGAUUGCAAAGACGAUGGACAACGAGGUGGGCGACGGAACAACAUCCUCUGUGGUCUUUGGGGGAGCCCUGCUUGCAAAGGCCGAGGAGCUGCUAAAAAAGGAGGUUCACUCGUCCGUAGUUGUUGAAGGCUACCAGGAGGCAGCCGCCAAGACACUGGAGAUACUUGCCAGCGUUGGAAAGAAGGUAGAGUUUGAGGAUGAGGAGACGCUCACAAAGGUGGCAGUUACCAGCAUGCAGUCAAAGAUGGUGUCUGAGGACAGCGACACAUUGGCAAAGACAGUAGUGGAUGCGGUUCUCAAGGUCGUCUCCAAGGACGGCGAUAGUUAUUCUGUAGAUCUUGACAACAUAAAGGUAGAGAAGAAGGCAGGUGCAACAAUUCGUGACACCGCCAUGAUUGAGGGAAUCGUGCUGGACAAGGAGACGGUUCACCCAAACAUGCGCUUUACGGUUAACAACGCCAGGAUUGCACUGCUAAACACGGCACUAGAGGUGGAGAAGACCGAGAUGAGUGCCGAGAUCAGAAUUACCGAUCCGACCCAGAUGCAGAUGUUCCUUGAGGAGGAGAACAAGAUGCUCAAGGAGAUGGUUCAGAAGAUUCGCAACCUGAAAGCAAACGUGUUGCUGUGCCAGAAGGGCAUCGAUGACAUUGCCCAGCACUAUCUUGCCAAGAACAGGAUUAUGGCAGUAAGGCGCAUAAAAGAGAGCGACAUGGCCAAGCUGGAAAAGGCAACCGGAGGCCGGGUAACCACAAACAUUGAUGAUCUAACAGAGAAGGAUCUGGGAACGGCUGCCACGGUUCAGCAAAAGACCAUAGACUCGGACAAGUGGGUCUUCAUCGAGGGAUGCAAGAACCCGCAGUCGGUCACAAUUCUCGUCAGAGGCGGCUCCCAGAGAAUAGUCGACGAGGUUGACCGCUCACUUCACGACGCGCUAAUGGUAGUAAAGGACGUGAUUGAAAACCCAUUCAUUGUAGCCGGCGGUGGGUCGAUAGAGGCACAUGUGGCGUCCCAGCUAAAGGUGUGGGCCGACAGCUUUGACGGAAGGGAGCAGCUGGCCAUCAAAAAAUACGCCGAGGCACUGGAAACGAUUCCACUCACCAUAGCCGAGAAUGCAGGAAUGGAUCCUAUAGACAGCAUGGCCAAUCUCCGGACAGCGCAGAACCAGAACAAGAUGUGGACCGGAAUUGAUGCCAGAAACGCGCACGUUACAGACAUGAUGGAGAUCGGAGUGAUCGAGCCCGUUGCGGUAAAGGAGCAGAUCGUCAACUCCGCCACGGAGGCGGCCUGCAUGAUUUUGAGAAUAGACGACGUGAUCGCCGUAUCAGGCGGCCAACCGGGCCCGGGCGGCCCACCAAUGGGAUAA